AUGGGCACCAUCUCUGCUGCAUUUGGCGACAAUUCCUUCUUCUGCGCCAUCGACGCGAGUGGCAAGCAAAAUGUUAUUUGUUGGAUAAAUAAUGACACUUUGCCAUCAUCAUCAUCAUCACCGGCUUCGACACCUGCUUAUUUUAGUAACCUUGGCCCCACAGCAGCUGUAUCCGGUGGCGAAGGAUUUCUUUGCGGAAUCUUAGAUAAUAAUUCACAAGUAUUCUGUUGGAGUUCAGUUUAUUCAGGUCUGGAUCUUGUUCCUUCAGUUUAUAGAAACACAGCUUAUUCUCAUAUUGCAGCAGGAAAAAAUCAUGUCUGUGCUAUUAGAGGAUCUUAUUAUUCUGAUCAUGAUUCAGGUACGAUUGAUUGUUGGAAUAUUAUCAAUGGUGCUAAUAAUAGUUCAACUUCUGUACAGGGCACCGUUGUUUUUUAUGACCAAUCUAUUAGUAACCUUGUGUUUGAUAAGGUUGUUUCUGGUGAAGGGUUUAGUUGUGGUGGGUUUAGAGAUGGAGGGGUUGUCUGUUGGGGACCAAACAAAGAUAGGUUGGGGGUUUCGAGGUUAUCAGAGAAUUACAUGGUUUUAGCUUCAGGGAGGGGUUCUGUUUGUGGGAUCUUGGAAGGGUCUAAUGAUAUCAAAUGUUGGGGCAGUAAUACUGAUUCAUAUUCAUCCCCUCCGGUUGGGACUCGUUUUGUGUCGUUAACUGCUGGAACUAACCAUUUCUGUGGAAUUAGGGAGGAUAAUCACGCAGUCGAGUGUUGGGGAAGUUUCAAUUCAUCUUCAAUCCCAAAGGGUGGUUCUGGGUUUAUGGCGAUUGCUUCGUCUGAUUUCACGACAUGUGGGAUCAGGGAAGAUGAUUUGGUUAUUGAUUGCUGGUUUGCCAAUGGGACACUACCACCAGAUUAUAGUCCUCCUUUGGAGUUGUGCAGUCCAGGGCUAUGUAGUCCUCGUUCUUGCAGUGAAGGGGAGUUUGUUUUCAAUGCAAGCAUUCUAAAUGAACCGGAUUUGACAAGCUUGUGCGUUAGAAAGGAUUUAAAGAUUUGUUCUCCAUGUGGGUCAAAUUGUUCUCGAGGUUUUUUCUUGUCUAGUCCAUGUUCUGAGAAUGCUGACAGAGUGUGCACAGCUUGUUCCCUUUGCCAGAAUAGUUCUUGUUGGGAUGUUUGUGGGCUGCAAUCAUCUACUGAAAAGCAAGGGCACAACUUGCACAGAUUAGCAAUCAUAAUUGGGUCUUCUGCUUUGGGUUUGCUGUUGAUAUCAGUUAGCUGGUGUAUUCUUUCAUGUUUUUCUUCCGCUCGAAAUGAAGAAGGAUCAAAGAAACAUUUUAAUUCUUGUAUAGGCAAGCCAGAGUUGGAAACUAACAUUGCUUCUGAUUCAUACCCUCCUCAAUGCAUCGCUCCUUGUCCUGGGAUGGCUCAAGUUUUCCGACUAUCAGAGCUAAAAGAUGCCACCAAUGGAUUCAAAGAGUUCAAUGAGCUUGGUCGAGGAAGCUAUGGUUUUGUUUAUAAAGCAGUUCUAGCUGACGGGAGACAGGUUGCAGUCAAGAGGGCAAAUGCUGCCACGAUAAUUCACUCUAACAGCAGGGAUUUUGACAUGGAAUUGGAGGUCCUCUGCAAUGUUCGGCAUUGCUAUAUUGUGAAUUUGUUAGGUUACUGCUCAGAAAUGGGAGAAAGGCUACUUGUCUACGAGUAUAUGCCCCAUGGCACGCUUCAUGAUCACCUCCAUAGUGGGCUCUCUCCUCUGAAUUGGAGCCUUAGGUUGAAGAAUUCGAUGCAGGCUGCAAAGGGACUUGAGUACCUUCACAAGGAAGCCGAACCGCCAAUUGUUCAUCGCAAUGUCAAGACUUCAAACAUUCUUUUGGAUUCUGACUGGGGGCACGAAUUGCAGAUUUUGGGCUUCUUUCAGCAAAUGAGAAGGAUCUUGGUGGAGACACGAAAGGUGACGUAUACAAAGGUUCUUAGUGGAAGAAAAGCAUAUGAUGGAGAUUACAUUCCACCAAAUAUUGUUGACUGGGCAGUGCCAUUAGUUAAACAGGGUCAAACAGCUGCCAUAAUUGAUCGAUAUGUGGCUCUUCCGAGGAAUGUUGAGCCCCUACUGAAACUUGCUGAUAUAGCAGAAUUGGCUGUGAGGGAAAAUCCUAAUGAGCGACCUACCAUGUCAGAUGUGGCAACUUGGUUAGAGCAAAUUAUGAAGGAUGGACUGAUCUUAAGGAAUAGAGGGGAGAAUCUGAGCCAAGAAGAUCACAAAAACCGUUCAAACACAAAGGUGGUGCCAACAAUUGUGAGCGCUGAACUCUGGUUUCAGACAGAAGGGAAGGACCCACACUUUAGAGUCCUUUCAUUCCUGUAA